AUGCCGGUCCGGAGGCAAGACACCCGCCGCGCCCUGGGCCUCCUGCAGGACUACCGCGCCAAGCUCGGCCAGGCCGCCGCCGACCCCCGCCUCCGCAGCUCCCUCGAGAGGGUCAUCGCCGUCUUCCAGAGCAGCCUCUUCAGCGCGCUCCUCGAUAUUCAGGAAUUUUAUGAAGUGAUUCUCCUUGAUAACCCCAAAAGCAUCGAUCACUCAAAGCAAGUGGAAUUAGUGCAGCCUGUGAACUCCUGGGAUUUCUCCAGCCUUCCAAGCACAACGGUGACAUCAGAAACUUUGCCGAGUAGCCUUAGUCCAGCCACAGAGAAAUAUCACUCUCAGGAUGAGGACCCCCCUUCUUCCUUGGAGCAUGGCUGUCGGCAGGCUUCUGGCGAGACAGCCGUUCCAGAGCUUGUGCACGUGUCUGGAAAGAACCUUUCCCAAGUGGAGAAUGUGCAUGGAUUUGUAUCUCACUCUCAUAUUUCUCCAGUCAAGACAACGGAAGCAGCAGGAGCAGCAGCAGCAGCGGUGCCUCUCUCUCCUCCUCCUCCUCCUCCUCCUCCCAUUGUCUCUGUACUGCCAGUCCCUGCCGAGGCCACGUCCAUCCCAUCCACCACAUCACAGGCAAAUCCCCCCCCGCUGGUGGUCAACACAGAGGCCCCGGAGACCCCAACCUACGUCAAUGGCACCGAUGCAGAGUACGAAUAUGAAGAAGUUACUCUGGAACGGGGCAAUUCAGGCCUUGGCUUUAGCAUUGCAGGAGGAACUGACAACCCACACAUUGGGGACGACUCCAGUGUAUUCAUUACAAAGAUAAUCGCAGGGGGUGCAGCAGCGCAGGAUGGAAGGUUGCGGGUGAACGACUGCAUUCUGCGAGUGAAUGAGGUGGACGUCCGUGAUGUGACACACAGCAAAGCAGUGGAGGCUUUAAAGGAGGCCGGCUCCAUGGUUCGGCUUUAUGUCAAGAGAAGGAAGCAAGUCACAGAGAAAAUUGUGGAGAUAAAGCUUGUGAAAGGCCCCAAAGCAGGUCUUGGGUUCAGCAUAGCUGGGGGUGUCGGGAAUCAGCACAUCCCUGGAGACAGCAGCAUCUACGUCACCAAGAUCAUUGAAGGGGGUGCGGCACACAAGGAUGGCAGACUCCAGAUCGGAGACAAGCUUCUGGCGGUCAACACCGUUUGUUUAGAAGAAGUCACCCACGAAGAAGCAGUGGCGGCCUUAAAGAACACCUCGGACUGUGUUUACCUGAAAGUAGCAAAACCCACCAGCAUGUUCAUCAACGAUACUUACACUCCUCCAGACGUCACCAACUCGUAUCUUCCGCCUGUUGACAACCAUAUCAGCCCAUCAGCCUACCUCGGAGAGUCCCUCUCGCCUGCAUCCCCCGGAAGAUACUCCCCCGUUCCCAAGGGGAUGCUUGGAGAUGAUGAGAUCACCAGGGACCCCCGGAAGGUGGUGCUGCAUCGAGGAUCCACGGGGCUUGGCUUCAAUAUUGUGGGGGGGGAAGACGGAGAAGGGAUUUUUGUCUCUUUCAUCCUCGCCGGAGGACCUGCAGAUCUCAGUGGCGAGCUCCGGAAAGGCGACCGCAUAAUUUCGGUAAACGGCGUCGACCUCAAAGCGGCGACUCACGAAGAGGCAGCAGCUGCCUUGAAGAAUGCCGGCCAGGCUGUCUCUAUCGUGGCCCAGUACCGUCCAGAAGAAUACAGCCGUUUUGAAGCGAAGAUCCAUGACUUGCGAGAGCAGAUGAUGAACAGCAGCCUCAGUUCGGGCUCUGGGUCCCUGCGGACCAGUCAGAAGCGGUCCCUCUAUGUCAGAGCCCUCUUUGACUAUGACAAGACGAAAGACAGUGGCCUCCCCAGCCAGGGGCUGAACUUCCGGUUUGGCGACAUCCUUCACGUCCUCAAUGCUUCUGAUGACGAGUGGUGGCAGGCUCGGCUGGUCAUGCCUGGCGGCGAAAGCGACGAGGUUGGCGUCAUCCCCAGCAAGCGCAGGGUUGAGAAGAAAGAACGAGCCCGUUUAAAAACCGUGAAAUUUAAUUCUAAAGCGAGAGGUGACAAAGGGCAGUCAUUCAAUGACAAGCGUAAAAAGAACCUCUUUUCCCGAAAAUUCCCCUUCUACAAGAACAAGGACCAGAGUGAGCAAGAGACCAGUGAUGUUGACCAACAGGUAACAUCUAAUGCCAGCGACAGUGAAAGCAGCUACCGUGGCCAAGAGGAGUUUGUCUUGUCUUAUGAGCCUGUCACUCAGCAAGAAGUCAGCUACACGCGGCCAGUGAUUAUUCUUGGACCGAUGAAAGACAGGAUAAACGAUGACUUGAUAUCUGAAUUUCCAGACAAAUUUGGAUCGUGCGUCCCACACACCACCCGGCCCAAGCGAGACUACGAGGUGGACGGGCGGGAUUACCACUUUGUCAUGUCCCGAGAACAGAUGGAGAAAGACAUUCAGGACCACCGGUUCAUAGAAGCUGGCCAGUACAACAACCACCUGUAUGGAACAAGCGUUCAGUCUGUGCGAGAAGUGGCUGAGAAGGGCAAGCACUGCAUCCUGGAUGUCUCUGGAAACGCCAUCAAGAGGCUGCAGGUCGCUCAGCUGCACCCCAUCUCCGUUUUCGUCAGGCCCAGAUCCGUGGAGAACAUCCUGGAGAUGAAUAAACGAUUGACGGAGGAGCAAGCCCGGAAGACUUUUGAGAGAGCUGUGAAGCUGGAGCAGGAAUUCACGGAACAUUUUACAGCCACAGUGCAAGGGGACACGCUGGAAGAAAUUUACAGCCAGGUGAAGCAGAUCAUUGAAGAGCACUCUGGCCCGUCCAUCUGGGUCCCGGCCAAGGAGAAGUUGUGAAGGCCAGCAAGGGGGGGGGGGGGGCCUGCCUACGCCCGGGAUGCAGGAUCUGGCUGACUGCUUCCUUCCUGUGUGGAGCAACCCCAGCCUGGCAGCCCUCCCCCCUCCAGCUCCUGCCCUGCAUGGAAGGGUCUCCCCAAAGCUGCUGCACCCCACCCCCCCAGAGUAGCUUAUGGGCACAUUUUACACUCAUUGCCCUUUUUAGCUUAGACAAAUUUGACUUUCCAAAUGUGCUUUUGUACGGCCAGUUUCUCAAAUAUCAGGGGGCAGCGGCUUGACCAGCUAUUGCGGAUGUUGGAUGGGGAAUUACAUUGUAAACUCCUUAAUGUUUAAGGGAAAAGUAUCCUUCAGAGAUUUUGAGAAAUAAAAGCUUUAUAUACGUUCUUUAAAGAUUUCCUAAUGAAAUGAAAGCAAAAUGGUCUUAAAUUAUGUCAGGUGUAAGCACUCUAUGCUUAACUUUAAUUGCAUGGUUUGAUUGAAGAGGUCUGGCUUCAGGAUUUCAUUUCAUAGUUUUCUUUUGUUGGUAACAAGUACAUUUUACAGGCAGUUAAAUGAGAAACUUUUUUUAAAUGUCCAAGAUAAUGUAUGCAUACUUGCAGUGGCUUCACAAGGGAAAACACGCUUUCAUAAUUUCUUAAGAAUGUUCUUACGACUCUAUUUUUUCAUGUUUUGCUGUUGUUAGGGCUGGGGGGGGGGGGGGGUUCUUCUGUUUUCUUAAAAUGGCCAGGCAGGAGGACCUGCUUGGGGGGGGGGGGGGAGAAAGCUCUCCUCUUCUUGUGCUCCUUCUCAGGGCAGGGAGAGCUCUCUUGUUCAGAGUAUGAAGAUGUUCCUAGAAAUCAGGUUUGAAUUACUAUUUUACCCACAAUAACUGCCUAUUUUGUUAUAAUAAGCAUAUUAUAUACAUAUAUAAAUAUAUAUAUAUUAAACUUUCUUUAACUAAA